CGAACACGACAGAGGCUCCUGUAGCUUCGCAAUCAGGCAUUCUUGCGCAUGCCAAUAGUGAGUUAAUUGGAAAUAAUUAGAAUCAGGUGCUCACAUACAAUUAUCAAAGAAAAUAUGCCAUGCUGGCUCCUGCUUCACACGGGAAAAGUUAUGGAGCUUUAUCAGAGCGAACAUCCGCUAUCGAUGCAUUGCGUGAGCUACCAACACUGAAUGUUGCCCAAUCGGUCAGGCAAGAGAGCUUAUCCGUACUGUCCUUUCCGUCUGCGCUCGGCCGCAAGGCAACCUCCAGCUGAUGAUGGUUCAUAUUACAAUUACCGUCGCCGCUCAUGUAACUUCCUAGUCUCACACACUCAUUACAUCGAUCGUUGAGUACAAUGGCCGUCAGCAAACCAGUGAUUCUGAUCACUGGUGCCAACCAAGGACUCGGCUACUAUGCUGCGCAACAGCUUGCAUCCACGGGGCAGUUCCAUGUUCUCCUUGGCAGCCGCAGUGUCGAGAAGGCACAUGCCGCUAUUGAUGGACUACUGAGAGACCCGGUGUAUGCAGUCAGCAAAGAAGAUCUCGAAGUCUUGCAAAUUGAUGUGACUGACGACGAGUCGAUUUCGGCGGCUGCUGCAGAGGUGCAAAGGCGUUUUGGAAAGCUGGACAUGCUGCUGAAUAAUGCUGGAAUUUCCGGCAAUCAGUCUGCGACAGCAGAACAGACUUUGCGCGAGGCAUAUCAUCAACAAUUCGACACCAAUGUGUUUGGCGCUGCUGCCGUGACCGAGGCUUUCCUGCCACUUCUCAAAAAGGGCGAGAGCAAACGGCUAGCUUUUGUUUCGACUGGCCUGAGUUCGCUACAGAAGGCGGCAGACGGCAGUCAGCCGAUGAGUAAGUUCCCGCUCUAUCGCACGACAAAAGCUGCACUCAACAUGGUGAUGCUCUAUUACGUGCAUGAGCUGGAGAAGGAAGGCUUUGUUGUAAGCGCACCAGCCCCUGGCUUUUGUGCCACGAACCUGAAUGGUGGCGCCGGCAAGAAAGACCCGCGAGAUGGAGCAAAAAUGCUGGUCAAAGCAUUGUUGGGGAGUAAGGAGGAGGUGCACGCGUGCGUUGUGAGUGAGUCUGGAAAGGAGCCAUGGUGAUUGGAGAGUUUCGUCUGAGCCUGCACAUUCUUCUGCCGCAGGCAAGCCUGAACUUCGCUCGACGGACUUUAUGCCAUCUAGUUAGGAUUGGGGUAUCUGAUCCCCCCUCAAGUUGGGGCUCUCAAGGUAGCUCAAGGAAAUAGAUCUUAAACAGCAGUAUCGGUUGCGUGAUCCGUCUC